AUGCGACUCAUGGCCACUCUCCUCCUCGUGACUCCCGUUGCUGGCUGGCUGGGCGCUCCGCUCACGGCGCUCCGCUCACGGGCGGCCGCCGCCUCCGGCCACCGCCGCAGUCACCCUGUGCUGGCCGAAUUGGAUGGCGCCGAGGUCCUCGGCGCCGCCGCCCUCGCCGCUGCCAACGUCGGUGGGGCCUCCGUGCUGCUGAAGCGCAUGCGCGACGAGGACCGCAAGCCUGCUCUCGCGUCUGGCCGUGUCGAGGCGGUGGAGGAUCGAGGGACGGACGACGGGUCGGACGAGGGCGUCGACGCUGCCGUGAUCGUCGUGGGUGCCGGCGCCGCCGGGAUCGGCUUCGCCAUCACGCUCACCAAGACCUUCGGCCUCGACCCCUCCCGCGUCCUGCUGGUCGAGAAAGGCGACGGCGUCGGCACCUCCUUUCGGCAGUGGCCGGAGGAGAUGCGCUUCAUCUCGCCCUCUUUCAACUCGGAGGGGUGGACCAACUCGUUUGACCUCAACUCGGUGGCGCACGGCUCCUCGCCCGCCUACGAGCUCCACGCCCAGCACCCGUCGGGCUCGCAGUACGCAGACUACCUGGACGACCUCUGCGGGAUCGUGCAGCUGAAGAAGCGUGUCAAGCGGCGCUGCGAGGUGCUGCGGGUCGAGAAGGGCCCCGACGGGGCCUUCGACGUGCGCGUGCGCAGCCGCAAGGCCGACGGCGAGUUCCAGUACCCGCGCGAAGGCGGAGACUGCGUGGGCGGGGCGGAGCUCUGCCUGCACAAUUCGCGGGUGAGCUCGUGGGCGAGCUUGGACGGCGACGAGCGGGUGGUCAUCGGCGGGUACGAGAGCGGCGUGGACGCGGCCGUCAACCUCGCAAAGGCGGGCAAGCAGGCGACCGUCCUCGCCUCGACCGCCACGUGGAACGUGCAGACGGUGGACCCGUCCUCCGAGCUGGCGCAGUACACCGCCGGCCGACUGCGCGAGGCGCCGUACACCGCCGGCCGACUGCGCGAGGCGCCGUACACCGCCGGCCGAUUGCGCGAGGCGCCGUACACCGCCGACCGACUGCGCGAGGUGACCGCCGAGGGCUUCUCCCCGAGCCCAAAGCUGUUGGCGCGCGCUCUGCGUCGAGAAGGCGGAGGCGCCGAGGGGAGCGAGGUUGUGGUGCACACGGCUCAGCCGCCCGUGCUCUGCACCGGCUUCGAGGGUUCCGUCGCGUCGGCGAAGGGGUGCCUCUGCGGCGCUGCGAUGCUGACGGAUGACGACGAGUCGACGGCGGUCCCCGGCGUCUUCCUUGUCGGUCCGUCGGUGAGCCACGGCGACCUCUCUUUCUGCUUCGUCUACAAGUUCCGCCAGCGCUUUGGCAUCGUCGCCGACAAGAUCUGCCGCGGGCUUGGCCGUGACACGGCGGCGGCGGUCGCAGAGUGCCGGAAGACAAACAUGUACCUCGACGACCUGUCGUGCUGCGUGGGCUCGUGCGGCACCUGCUGA